GGAUGGACAAGGUAGAAGAAAUAGCAAUGUAUACUCGGGUGAUGAGGGAGACAGUAUUCUAGAAGGAAGAAAUUUGGCUGAUAAUGUUUCCUCUACCGAUCCUCGAGUCAUGGAAAAGGAAGAUCCAAACUAUCCAUCUAAUGAGGACAUGGAGAAUUUGCUCAAGAACGAGGAAGAAAUUAUUCGAGGCUACGAGGAUCAGAUUGAAGCCCUCAAGCAGCGUCUGAAGAGUUUGGAGUCUGAGAAGAAUGCUUCCAUUUACAAGAACUGUUACUGUUAUUGUACCAGUUUGCUUGAGGGCAGUUCUAAGGCACCUGCUCCCAAUCCGUCUACUGUUUCUCAAAUUGAAAAUGUCAUCAGCAAUCUUCACAUGCAACUGAAGGCUAAAGAUGAACUUCUCAAAAGUUACACUGAUGAGAUAACAGAGCUUGCAAUAGAAGAUGUAGCACUAGCUCUUGAAGAACGGCAAAAUUUAGCAGAGUCAGCAAAAUCGAAGAAAUGCAAGCAGUGUUCUUCGCGGACUGAUAUUGAAAGCACCCUUGAUAAUUAUGAACAGUUCAUCUCCAACUUACCUCGAGAGCCCGAUGAGUCAAAAAGUGAUCCUUGUUCACAGCAAGCGAUUGAUGUGUUGAUGCAAUCGCCGUGCAACUAG